AUGUCAUUUGUCCGUCAGGAGGAUGCGACUUCAGCAGAGGAACACCUCGAGUUCUACCGGGAUCCGUAUCGUUCGGGUUAUGCCCAGUCCGACGGCCCAAAGCUCCAAGUGUCUGACAAGAAGCGGGAUAUCCAAUAUCCAUCCAAGGAAGAGACUAUUAAGGUUAACGAAGACACGAAACAAUUGAUCGCCAAGUUGUGUUCGGCCAUUUCAUACAGGCUGCGACAUCCGAACCGAGCGAACCUGGAACUGAUAUACAAACUCUACAUGCAAUUGCCCGAGCCGAGGAUGCUAUAUCUCACAUGGCAAUGGCGAGACAGGUUACUCAAGGUCAUGGGGAUGCCGCCAAAACGAGAUUCCGAAUCAAUGCUGCGGUACUUUGCACUGAUUGCCGACGUCAAGAAUGCGGGAUUGACCCUCCGACGGACGCACUGGAACUUUGCCUUGGCCUUUGCCACAAAGUACGCAGCCCGCGUUACAUCGGCCGAGAUGGAGUCGGCGCUGCGGAUUUGGAGAGAGAUGGAGCGAGGGGCCAAUAUCAAAGGCAACGACGUGACGUUUAACGUGCUGUUUGACGUUGCGUCCAAAGCUGGAAACUUUACGCUCGCCGACAUGAUUUAUAAAGAGAUGGAGAACCGUGGGAUUCUGUACAACCGAUACCACCAUGUCAGUCUCAUACACUAUUUUGGAUUGAAGUUGGAUUCCUCAGGGAUCCGGGCUGCAUACAGGGACCUGGUUUUCGCGGGCGAGAUGGUUGACACGGUUGUUCUCAACUGUGUGAUUUCAGGGCUUCUCAGGUGCGGCGAAGAGUCAGCAGCCGAAGAGACUUACGAACGGAUGAAGAACGCUCACGCAAUGGCCGCGUCCAUGCCCGAGAGGAACUAUAUGAUGGGUCGAGUUAUCACCAAGGUGUUGAUGAUGUUUACGAGGAUCGGCAAGAUUCACCCGGAGCUGCAAAGGAACCUGCAGAAGAACGUCCAACUAGCGCCGAAUAUCCACACAUACAAGCUGUUUGUCGAGCACUAUGCCAUCCGAAUGGGUGAUCUGGCCAAGGUGGCUCAGUACCUGGACGAGAUGAAGUUUCUCAAGAUUACGAUCCACCCCACCAUCUUCCUGGCGCUCUUCAAAGGGUUUUACUCUCACGGAGGGUUCUCGAGCUCGGAGUGGAGCGAGCAACGACUCGAGGGAGUUUUGAUGGCGCUUUACCAGGCCAAGGACGAGGGCGCCAGGGGUUUCCGGAUCGAACGGUGGCUUGUCAUUUGGGCCUUGCGAGCAGUGAAGAAGUGCUCUUCUAAUGAGGCUGUCGUUCGCACGUUUGAUGCCAUGGCUGCGCGAUGGGAUAUUCCGCCUGACCGGGAUGUUUUUAUGCAUUCUCUGCUGGAAAACAUUACCAAUGGGAGAGACAUGAUGUCAUCCAUAGGUAAUUGGGAGGGGCCGGCACAUCAGAGAUAUAAAAAGGACGGGAGUCGAUUAUGA